AUGAGGCUCUUCCGGAGACGUUACAGCCCCUUGAAGGUGGCUUUGGCGGGCGCCAUCUUCGUCAUCUUCCUCUUCAUCCUGCAGAAGGACGUGGGGAACAAGGACCCGAGCGAGGAACCCUGGCUGAAGAACAUCGUCCAGGGGAAGGACCAAGUCCUUGACCUGAUGCUGGGGGCGGUCAACAACAUCCGAGACUCGAUGCCGAAGCUGCAGAUCGGAGCUCCGGUUCGGCAGGAGGAACUGCCGCCCAGCGCUCGCUCCUGCCUGCCCGGCGUCUACACGGCGGCGGAGCUUCGGCCGCUGAUGGAGAGACCCCCCCAAGACCCUGCCAGCCCCGGAGCCGACGGCAAAGCCUUCAAGAAGGAUCGAUGGACGCCGGAGGAGACGAAGGAGAAGGAGCGAGGUUACGAGAAGCAUUGCUUCAACGCCUUCGCCAGCGACCGCAUCUCCCUCCAGCGAGCGCUGGGACCCGACAGCCGCCCACCGGAGUGCAUCGACCAGAAAUUCAAGCGAUGCCCCCCCCUGCCCACCACCAGCGUCAUCAUCAUCUUCCAUAACGAAGCUUGGUCGACGCUGCUGCGGACGGUGUACAGCGUCCUGCACGCCUCCCCGGCCCUCCUGCUGAAGGAGAUCAUCUUGGUGGACGAUGCCAGCACGGAUGACUACCUGAAGGACGAGCUGGAUCGCUACGUGGAGCAGCUCCAGAUCGUGCGAGUCGUGCGGCAGGAGGAGAGGAAAGGGCUGAUCACGGCGCGGCUGCUGGGGGCCAGCAUGGCCAGCGGGGAGGUCCUGACCUUCCUGGAUGCCCACUGCGAGUGUUUCCACGGCUGGCUGGAGCCCCUCUUAUCCCGCAUCGCCGAAGAGCCCAUGGCUGUCGUAAGCCCCGAUAUCGUCACCAUCGAUCUCAACACCUUCGAGUUCUCCAAGCCCGUCCAGAACGGCAAACAGCACAGCCGGGGCAACUUCGACUGGAGUCUGACUUUCGGCUGGGAGGUCAUCCCGCCCCGGGAGAGGCAGCGGAGGAAGGAUGAGACCUUCCCCAUCAAGUCCCCGACCUUUGCCGGCGGCCUCUUUGCCAUCUCCAGGUCCUACUUCGAGCACAUCGGCUCCUACGACGAUCAGAUGGAGAUCUGGGGGGGUGAGAACGUGGAAAUGUCCUUCAGGGUCUGGCAGUGCGGGGGUCAAGUCGAGAUCAUCCCUUGCUCUGUCGUGGGUCACGUCUUCCGCUCCAAGAGCCCCCACACCUUCCCCAAGGGCACCCAGGUCAUCUCCAGGAACCUGGUCCGCCUGGCCGAGGUCUGGAUGGACGACUACAAGGAGAUCUUCUACAGGAGGAACCAGCAAGCUGCGCAGAUGGCCAGAGAGAAGACGUAUGGUGACAUUACAGACCGGCGCAAGCUGAGGGAGCAACUCCACUGCAAGAACUUCACCUGGUACCUCCAGACCGUCUACCCAGAGAUGUUCGUCCCCGACCUGACUCCAGCUUUUUACGGAGCGAUAAAAAACAAGGGCACCGAGAGCUGCCUGGACGUUGGUGAGAACAACCACGGUGGGAAACCGCUCAUCAUGUACCCCUGCCACGUGGGGGGCAACCAGUAUUUUGAGUACACGAGCCAGCGGGAGCUGCGGCACAACAUUGGGAAGGAGCUUUGCCUGCGGGCGGGCUCGGGAUCGGCCGAGCUGGGUGACUGCCAGUACAGAGGGAAGCCCGGCCGGGUGCCAGCCAGCGAGGAGUGGGACCUGGCGCAGGGCCAGCUGAUUAAAAACCCAGCCUCUGGUACGUGCUUGACGGCACGAGGGAAGCACCCGGCGAUGGUUCCCUGCAACCCAGCAGACCGCCACCAGCUCUGGUCCUUCACCUAGGCGGGGAGCAGAGAGGCCCGAGCCCCCGGCCAUCCCCAUCCGUGCUCAGGAAACCAGAAUCCAAAAAAAAAAAUUCCCCUUUUUUCUUUAUUUAAGAAGCGAAAGCCUGAAAUAUGCUGCAUUUCACGGUUGCCUUGAACUCAGUCCCGUGCCUUCGGAGUGGGGAAGCCCGGGGAGCCGAGCUCGGCCAGCGGUACCCCACAGAGCCCG